AUCCCGGCGUGCUCCGGGCGGCUUGGGGUGGAGGGUUCUAGAAGGCGUGACGUGGGGUCGGGAAGCGGGCUCAGAGGCGGCUACCUCUCGGCAGUCGCUGUGGCCGCUGCUGCCGGGCCCGGGGGCGCGGACGGCCGGGGCCGCGGGCGCAGUCUCCUCGUCUCCCCGGCCAUGGCGGCGCUCGGCCGGCCGUUUAGCGGCCUUCCCCUGAGCGGUGGCUCGGACUUCCUGCAGCCACCGCCGGCCUUCGCCGGUCGGGCCUUCCCGCCGGGGACGGAGGGCGCCGAGCUGGUCCCGCGGCCGGGACUUCGCGCCACCCCGAGCAGCUCAGGCGGGAGCGUGGCGCGCGGACGUAUUUCAGCUCACUGUAGAAAGAAACACAAGCGAGAGGAGGAGGAUGAUGAUUGUCCAGUAAGAAAGAAAAGGCUAACUGAAGCAGGGCUCUGUGCUGGUCCUAAUGACUGGAUUCUUUGUGCACAUCAGGAUAUAGAGGGCCAUGGAGUAAAUCCGUGCACUAGUGGCCUUUCUGCACCUGGCAUGUUAGAUGUUAUUUGUGAAGAGAUGGAUCAGACAACGGGGGAACCACAGUGUGAAGUUGCCCGAAGGAGGCUUCAGGAAAUUGAGGACAGAAUAAUUGACGAAGAUGAAGAAGUUGAAGCUGACAGAAAUAUUAAUCGUCUCCCCAGCCUUGUCCUUUCUGAUACCAUGAAAACAGGUUUAAAGAGGGAAUUUGAUGAAAUCUUUACAAAGAAAAUGAUUGAGUCCAUGAGCCGUCCUUCCAUGGAGCUUGUGCUCUGGAAACCUCUCCCUGAACUCCUUUCUGAUAAGCCAAAGCCGUCAUCUAAUGCUAAGAACUACACAGGAGAGAGCCAAACUAAGCACGCAGCUGCUGGCACUGCCUUUCCUCAGAGAACUGAACUGUUCUUGGAACCUCGGCCAACAGGGUUGCCUGUUUACAAUAGUUUGGAGACAGCUGCUUGCACAGAAGAGGAGAUGGAACUCUAGAAACCAGUUUCUACACUAAAGUUGUCAUGUUGCAGAGGCUUAUGUGUUCAGUCAUGAGCCUGCUUGUACAGUAUAGGGACUUGAAAGUUUUGAAACGGGUGUAAUAUCUCCACCUGUGAUUUGGGGUGGGACUCUGAUUUUGGGUAGCCAUUUCUUGAAAUUCAACUUCUUGCCAAGGAAACUUGUCUCAAGGGAAAAGCAGUUUUCUAGGGGGCUUAUUAAAGCAAUGUGAGAGUACAUUCUGCAGAGUCAAGUAUAGAAGCUGUAUGUGACUUUUAAGUCAUCUGUCACAUUGUCUCAGUCAUUCAGAUACUUGGAGAAUAUUCAGACACUUGGGUUGAAAAAGAUGCAUUAAAAAAAAGAGUGCUCUCCCUGCUACAAGUGUGCCCUGACGGUUGAGCCACAAUUUCAUCUUCAGAUAAAUGAGCUCUGUUUAUAAUGGUGACUAGAUAUUACUGGGGAAGAGGAAGAUGACAAUGGCUUAGGCCUAUUGCUGGGGAAUUUAACAGAGGCUCUGAAACUUGUAUAUUAGUUGUCAGUUCAGUGUAGCUCUAUUGAUUAAAUAGCCAGUAGUGUUGUGGCUCCUCUCCUUGCCUCUGACAAUGCAAUGGAAAAUACAAAGAAAAGGUUUUUCCUCCGAGGCUUUUUUUACCCUGUGCUACUGUUGCUCCUGGGUUUCCCUUGCAUAAUUGAUAAACCCAGCUCUUCAGUGAUGUUUACAGCCUAAUUAACUUUGAGUGAUAGUUUAGAAGAUUGCGAGGUAACCAAUGUGCGAACUGGCUCUGGGAGAAGCAUCCUUAAGUAAUCCUGAGGAAGUGCCGUAUCAGCCCAGCCCAGCAUAUUAUUUCAGUAGUUAAAGAAAUGUGCCUGUAGAAGCAAGUUGUGGGGUUUUUUUUAAUGUUAAUUUAGGAAAUGUUGACUGAUAAAAUUAACUGGGCACAUACAAGUGACAUUGAGACUUACUGAAAUAGCCAGUUUGCUUGGUGCUUCAACUCUUUGUGCAGUAAGCCUAGAAGUUACUAGAGAAUAGCUUCCUGCCAGCCAGAAAUCAUCAUCUGGAGGACCCUACCCAGGCUCAAGGUGUCCUCUGCGAGUAACCAGGAUUGAAGUAUUUUUUUUUCUCAGGAACAGCUCUUCUGUGUGGCAAGGACUCAGUAGUACAAAGUAAAGUGACCGUCCCUUUAGUGCUACAGAAUACCCACUAUAACUUAUUAAAUGAGUGUAAUACUGGCCCUUUUAUCAGGCAGCAGGAGACCACCCCAGUUCUUUUUGUUUCCUGGGUUUCUUUUCUUUUGUAGGAAUCACAUACCUUGUGUAGAAAAAAUGGUUUAUGCCAAGCAGAGGUGACUUUAGGAGGCAGCUCCCAGGCAAUUUUGAAACCCAUGCCGAAGUCCCUCCCCUUGUUACAGAUGGCAUAGAAGUCACAAGUCUGUUAACUGGACUGUUGCUUCUCCUGCCUGUAGUUCCUGCUUUUUCUAUUUCUGUCUGGAUAGUCAGGAAAAGAUUUAAUGUUUAAUAUUUAAACAAAAUAUUUAAUGUCUACACAGUAAAAUUAUUCAGACUUCAAACCAGUAUUGAAACCAGUUGGAAACCAGCUACUAGUUUCUUAAUCUCAGAUUUAGAGAUGAAUGUAAACUGUUCUGUUGAAAUGUGCACGUGUUUGAUUCAGCCAUGUCAAGAAUUGCCUCUAGGUCAUUGUUUAAUGGGACCAACUUGUAACAUUUGUAGCCUUAAAGAAGUCUCCAGCUAAAAA